AUGAUCACACACAGUGUAUGCAGGCGUGAAGAUCAGAAUCAAUUACCAUAUACUUACAGAAACACACUGUGUGUCCAGAACGCACAAGAUCACGAGAGAGAGAGAGGAAAGAGCAUGUGUGUUCACAUGGCCACCUGCCAUGUAAUAUUGUUGAAUUUAACCAAAGCGAAUAUCAGCAUUGGUGGAUACCUUCAGUCCUACAAAUAUUUCGAAGAUUACGCCGAUGAAGUGAGGCAGGAGUUUCUGUUUUCUGACUCAAUUGCUAACGAAGCAUAUUUAAUUGUUCACAACCUAAUUUCUGAACGAAAAGGCAACUUGUUUGUAGGAGUACACAUACGAAGAGGGGAUUUCCUUAAUGGUGGUAAUCCCAAAUUGGGUUAUGGAGUCCCAGAAAAGUCUUAUUUCUCAAAGGCAUUCAAAUGGAUGCAAUCCAAGUUUCCUGAUAGAAAUAUUACGUAUUUAGUUGCUAGCGAUGAUCUUAAUUGGUGCAAUGACAAUUUGAAAAGUGAUAAUGUGUUAGCAUUACCUAAUGCACCCCCAGCUAUUCACAUGGCCAUUUUGUCCUCUUGUGAUCACGUGAUAAUGUCGGGUGGAACUUAUGGGUGGUGGAGUUCGUUUUUGGCGGGUGGGUACGUUGUUUACUUCAAAAGGUUCAUGUCAAAAGACACAACAUUUGGCGCUUCGUUUAAUCCAGAAACCUAUUAUCCCCCGCUUUGGACUGGAAAGGAAAAGUAG